GAGAAAUGAAACAGGGAGUCUCCGUCGUCCGCCUGUAGACGGCUCUCGACAUUAUUUUAAAAUAGAAAACUGCAAUGCAUCUUCUUCCAUUGCAUCCAGUCAACAAUAUUAUUCAAUUUGUUGGCGUACUGUAUUCGCAUCUACUUCUGAUUUUCAAGCCAUUCAGUCUCCAUCAUUUUACCUAUUCAACUCUUACUAUGCUUUGAUGUUAUCGUCUUGUAUAAUUGUAUUUGCUCCCUCACAACACCCAUUUUUCCACAACCCCAUUUCUUUCUUGUUGUUUCUCUCAAUCCUAUAGGGCCAAAUUUCGACCACCAGGUUACUGAUUCAUUGUCUAGCUGAACUGGGUCUUUGCCAAGAGUAAAGAAUUUGUAGUACCACUUUUUCCUUUCUUGUGAAUAUCGCAUGAAUCUUCUUGGUUUCACCGUGUUCAAGUUUCCAUCUUUGUAAACAUUCAAAUUUAUUGGUUCUUAUAAUAGGCACCUAGGCAGGUUUUUCCGGUAGCCGCCGUGUUGGUCUGCAAUUCCGUAUAUUAAGGUAUCACAGAUCCAUCUGCUGAUGAGAUUGAUCUCCUUGUACAUUGGAUUUCAGUAAGUAUAUAGAAGCACGUUAUAAGGUUAACUGUAUUCGUUUCUUAGUCCAUUAGUCUCUUACCAGGCCCUCUUUUAGCUGCUGUGGUUGUACCUCUUUUUGGAGAUCGACAAAAUUUAAUUCAGCGGACUAGCUGAGACUUGAGAGGAGUCUUAUAAAUGGCUAAGCCUGGAUUUUUUCACUUGCACUCGUUUGAAGGCUCACAUCAUACUCAGAGCCAACAGAUUGUGCCAAUCCCUACCAAUAAAGGGUCUUCGAAGGUUUUGCUGUUGCAUGGGAAUUUAGAUGUUUGGGUAAAGGAGGCUAAUAACCUCCCUAACAUGGAUAUGUUUCAUAAGUCUUUAGGGGACAUGUUCUCAAAAAUUUCUGUUAAGGUUAGCAACAAAAUUGAAGGGCAUUCCAGUACCAAGAUAACCAGCGAUCCAUAUGUCACGUUUUCAGUAUCAGGUGCUGUCAUUGGGAGGACUUUUGUGAUACCUAAUAGUGAGAACCCAAUUUGGAUGCAGCAUUUCAAUGUUCCUGUUGCUCAUUAUGCAGCAGAAGUGCAGUUUGUUGUUAAAGACAGUGAUGUGGUAGGGUCACAGAUAAUAGGUGCUGUGGGGAUCCCGGUAGAGCAAUUAUGCUCCGGCAUUAUAGUGGAGGGAAAGUUCCCCAUCCUCAAUACAGCGGGGAAGCCCUGUAAGGCUGGAGCUGUAUUGAGUCUAUCAAUUCAGUACACCCCAAUUGAGGCAAUGACACUUUAUCAACAUGGUGUAGGAGCAGGUCCUGAUUACCAAGGGGUUCCUGGUACAUAUUUCCCCCUUAGGAGAGGUGGUAAAGUGACUCUAUAUCAAGAUGCCCAUGUUCCUGAUGGCUGCCUUCCCAGUAUUAAGCUCAGUGGUGGUGUUCAGUAUGAACAUGGAAGUUGUUGGCAGGACAUUUUUGAUGCCAUAAGUCAGGCUCGUCGUUUGAUUUACAUUACAGGGUGGUCGGUUUACCAUACAGUUAGACUGGUUCGUGGACUUAAGGAAGGAAAGGAUUCUACUUUAGGGGAUCUUCUUAAAAUCAAGUCACAGGAAGGUGUGAGAGUGCUGCUUCUUGUAUGGGAUGACCCAACCUCCAGGAGUCUUCUGGGAUAUAAAACGAAUGGGGUCAUGAAUACAAGUGAUGAGGAGACUCGUCGUUUCUUCAAGCACUCUUCGGUACAAGUGCUUCUUUGCCCUCGAUCAGCUGGAGAAGGACAUAGCUGGGUCAAAAAGCAGGAAGUUGGAACAAUCUAUACCCAUCACCAGAAGACGGUAAUAGUAGAUGCUGAUGCAGGGAACUACAAAAGAAAGAUCAUAGCAUUUGUUGGAGGUCUUGAUUUAUGCUUGGGCCGAUAUGAUACUCCAGAACAUCCUAUUUUUAGGACCUUGAACUCAGUUCACAAAGAUGACUUCCACAAUCCUAAUUUCACAGAGCCUAUUAUUGCUGGUGGCCCAAGAGAAGCAUGGCAUGAUUUGCACUGCCAAAUUGAUGGCCCUGCAGCAUAUGACAUCCUCACUAAUUUCGAGGAGCGUUGGGAAAAGGCUUCAAAACCUCGUGGGCUUCAAAAAUUAAAGACAUCACGUGAUGAUGCAUUGCUCAAGAUUGAUAGAAUUCCUGAAAUUCUUGGGAUAGCAGAAGUUCCUAGUGCAAAUGACAAUCAUCCUGAGUCUUGGCAUAUUCAGGUUUUCCGUUCCAUUGAUUCUGGUUCUGUCAAAGGUUUUCCAGAUGACCCAAAAGAUGCUACAAGCUGGAACCUGGUAUGUGGGAAGAACUUGCUCAUUGACAUGAGUAUACAUACAGCUUAUGUGAAGGCAAUCCGUGCUGCCCAUCACUUCAUCUAUAUUGAGAACCAGUACUUUUUGGGGUCGUCUUACAAUUGGGAGUCUCACAAAGACUUAGGUGCGAACAAUUUAAUACCAAUGGAAAUUGCUCUUAAAAUUGCCAGUAAGAUCAAAGCAAAUGAGAGGUUUUCCGCAUAUAUUGCUAUUCCGAUGUGGCCUGAAGGCGCUCCAACGGGUGCUCCAAUUCAGAGGAUUUUAUUUUGGCAGCGAAAGACAAUGCAAAUGAUGUAUGAUACUAUAUACAAGGCUUUGGUGGAGGUUGGACUUGAAAAUGAAUAUGAGCCUCAAGAUUUUUUGAAUUUUUUCUGUCUUGGCAAUCGUGAAGUAGAAGUAGAUGGGGAAGAAAGGUUAAAUUCUGCAGCACGAAAUACCCCUCAGGCACAUGCUCAGAAAAGUCGGCGCUUCAUGAUUUAUAUCCAUUCUAAAGGAAUGAUAGUGGAUGAUGAGUAUGUGAUACUGGGAUCUGCAAAUAUCAAUCAGCGCUCAAUGGAAGGUACACGAGACACCGAAAUAGCGAUGGGUGCGUACCAGCCUGACCAUACCUGGGCAAGAAAACGUUCUCGUCCACAUGGACAGAUUUUUGGAUAUCGGAUGUCAUUGUGGGCAGAGCACUUCGGAACCAUUGAAAAAUGUUUUGGAGAACCAGAGAGUCUCGAAUGCGUGAGACGAGUGAGGUCCCUGAGUGAGAACAACUGGAAACAGUAUGUGGCCGAAGAAGCAACCGAAAUGAAGGGUCACCUACUAAAGUACCCAGUCCAAGUUGACAGAACUGGCAAGGUAAAGGCACUCCCAGGCCAUGAAACAUUUCCAGAUAUAGGUGGGAACAUAUUGGGAUCUUUCAUAGCCAUUCAAGAAAAUCUCACCAUCUGAACUACUGGUCCUCGGCAUCUUGUGUGUUGUGUUGUGCAUACUUGUACUUCUUGUGUUCUCAUUGAGAAAUUAUGCUUUUGAUCUGUACUUGAUGAUGCCACUGUUAGGAAUUAUAUAUAUAUAUAUAUAUAUCCCAGUUUGGGAAUUUAUGUUUGCUGAAAAAACCAUGAGUCUAUAUUUUGUCUCACAUCAAAAGGGGGGGGGACCUUUUUAUCUUCUUGUAACACGUUUAGCGACCAUUUUUUUGUUUUAAUUUCUGCAUUUGUGUUAUGAUUUAUGACAUUCAAGUGAC